CAUAGCGACAGGCCACACGCGUCAUUUGAAUAAAAACGUUCGGAUUUCGGCCAUAUUUGAGCCGAAGGUUGCCGAGCUCAUUUUUCCAAUAAUUUUGGGGAAUCAGGUCAAACUUGUGACCUAAUUAUUACGAACGAAGAUGUUAAAAGGUACAUACCAACCUUCAAAGACUAUACUAGGACUGUGAAGCAGAUUUUGAAGAACAUUUUCCAGCGAGAAGUGGGGGAUUCAAAUUGAAAUUUUGCGCGCCAUUUUUGGGGUUUUCCACGUUGAUAUCAGCUGUACCUAGAUAAUUAGGUCACGUUUGUAAGGAUCGUGGGUACUCGGAAGGAUCAAAAUUGGUAUACAUAGGAUCUUGGAUACAUAUACUAAAGGAGGCCAGGUUGUCAGCAGGUCUCGGAAUGCAUCAAAUUUUUAUCCCCGAAUAGUGACCCCGGAUGACGUAAUCACCAUGGCAACAGAUCCCCAGCAGCACCAGCAGGAGAUGGCCGCCAUGCAGAAUCGUAUCCCUGUCACAUUCCGCGACCCCACGUGUGCGCCUUUACGAAAGCUCAGCGUGGAUUUGAUCAAGACAUAUAAGCACAUAAAUGAGGUGUAUUAUGCAAAGAAAAAACGAAGGGCUCAACAGGCUCAAGGUGACGACACAAGUCACAAAAAAGAGCGUCGUCUCUACAACGAUGGUUACGAUGACGACAACCAUGACUAUAUCGUCAAACCUGGGGAGAAGUGGAUGGACAGAUAUGAAAUUGACUCACUUAUAGGGAAAGGUUCAUUUGGUCAGGUAGUGAAAGCCUUUGACCACUCAGAACAAGAGUAUUGUGCAAUCAAAAUAAUCAAGAACAAAAAGCCAUUUCUCAACCAAGCACAGAUAGAGGUACGAUUGCUGGAACUAAUGAACAAACAUGAUGCUGAGAGCAAGUAUUAUAUAGUCAAGCUCAAGAGGCAUUUCAUGUACAAGAACCACUUGUGUCUAGUGUUUGAGCUCUUAUCGUACAACCUUUAUGACUUGUUACGGAACACAAACUUUAGAGGCGUUUCAUUAAAUCUUACAAGGAAGUUCGCUCAACAAUUGUGCACGGCACAGUUAUUUUUAGCCACCCCUGAGCUCAAUAUUAUUCACUGCGACCUUAAACCAGAGAACAUUCUACUGUGCAAUCCUAAGCGUAGUGCAAUCAAGAUAGUGGACUUUGGAAGCUCCUGUCAGCUUGGACAGAGGAUCUACCAAUACAUACAGAGUCGGUUCUACAGAUCUCCAGAAGUUCUUCUAGGCAUCCCAUAUGACCUUGCAAUUGACAUGUGGUCGUUAGGGUGCAUUCUAGUGGAGAUGCACACGGGAGAGCCUCUAUUUGCAGGCUCCAAUGAGUAUGACCAAAUGAUGAAGAUUGUGGAAGUAUUAGGCAUGCCACCACCACAUAUAUUGGAUCAGGCUCCAAAGUCACGGAAAUACUUUGAAAAAUUGCCAGAUGGAAACUACGUCUGUAAGAAAUCCAAGGAUGGAAAGAAGUACAAAUCUCCGGGUUCAAGAAAACUACAUGACGUGAUUGGAGCAGAAAAUGGUGGACCUGGGGGACGCAGGGCAGGGGAGCAAGGUCACACGCUCUCUGACUACCUUAAGUUCAAAGACCUAAUUCUGAGGAUGCUGGACUUCGAUGCCAAGACCCGGAUCACACCCUACUACGCUUUACAGCACAACUUCUUUAAACGGACGACAGACGAGAGCACAAACACGUCCAACAGUACCUCGACCAGUCCUGCGAUCGAACAGGUGGUGUCUAGCCCUAGAGCCACCCCUGGAUCAUCCAGCGGUCGUGCUCGCUCCGACCCCACCCACCAACACAACAGCCAUCGGCACACCCACUCUCACUCCGUGCACCACAGUCACGGUGCCCAGUACAUGACCAGUGCCAACCCUCCCAGUGGUGCCACCACCACUUCUGCAAUGGACUGUGAGUCCCCCUCUGCUCAACAAGCCCGCUAUUUGGCCCAGCAACAACAACAGCAAGUGAUGUUCCAGCAACAACAACAGAAGAUGUGGCCCGCAGGCGACCUGUCCGCCUCCUCUUCGUCAUCAUCGUCACGACAUGGCGGAGGUGGCAGCAGCUCAGGCUCGCAUGGCCACCAUAUGCAUCAUCAUCCUGGCCACCAGGGUGCGCCACCACAGAUGAUGUCACAGGAUUUACACCAGCAGCCCCGCGUGUCUUCCCCACUGAUGAAAGUAGACUUUAACGCUAUUAACUCCACUACGGAGUUGAAUGCACUUGGCGGUGGUGGGCCGCAGCAGUUUAUUGGAUUAGACACAGCAGCCCAAGGGGGCACUACCGGUAUGAACAUGCAGAUUCCUGCAGCGGGUUUCAAUCCUGCAUAUAGCUAUAACCAUCAGACUCUGUUCUCAGGGCCAGGUUUCCCAUUCACGCUAGCAACAACGUCGAGUACAGGGAACACAGAAGCUGUGCCCCAUAAUGCUCGGACUGUAGGUGGCAGUGGCGAGGACUCUCCCAUGGUUGGAGUCUGUGUUCAACAAUCCCCUGUGGCCAGCCAUUAAUGAUUGUGAGGGAAUUAGGUAAUGUGCUAUUUAACCCUGAAGCCGAGCAGCUUGAGAGAGAAAAGAAAAGGGAGGGAAGUUGCCGUUCUCCUUCGAUUGUUUUGACAAAGAAAGGUUUUAAACUUUAGAAGCCUAGGAUAGAGGUGUUUGACCAUGCAGAUAAGGGUUCCUGUGGUAGAGGGACUGAACUGACUGAUGACAGAUAAGUGUAUCUCUGGUGCCCCCUCCUGGCUGUGAAGGUUAGUCACAUAAGCUGUGAAGGAAAGAAUAUAGGCCUGCGUGCAAGAGUGUCCAAGCCUUAAGCUAGAUACUUCCCUGCUCCUAAAUAGACCCUGGUGCACACUGUGGUACUGAAUCUGGAUUGGGUUACAAAACAGAAAGAAAAAAGGACCCCUGAUUGUUGCCUACGCAAAGAUAUUCAGCCACUGCCUGCAAGAGGACAAUAAAACGUAGAUGGCGUGGCUGGUCAAGACAUGACUUACACAAUUAUUUGGACAAUGUGAGAUAACCGGUGGUGCCAGGGUUAUGUGAAUGCUACAAUCUGUUGCACCAGAGGAAACAAGUGGACUCUUGUUCAAGAUGGAAAGUAGAGCAAGGACCAGGCUACACAAGGGCUAUCCAAGAGGCACGACUGAAUGAUGUGAAAGGAAGUUUGAUUUCAAUCAUAAAUGGUUGAUGUUGCCACGUUCUGAAAGAACUUCACUUGAAAAUAUCUCUGCCAAGAGGCAACAUUAAGAAAACUGCACAUAAACAAUUUGAUGAUUUUACAAGUCGUGGGGACAUGCAAAAAGGAAAUGGCAGAUGACAGACAUGGAUAUGAUGUUUUCAAAGUCUAAUUCGUCAAGCCAGAAAAGAAAAUAAAUUAUGUGUGGGUCGAGCAAACAUCCUCUGCAUAGAAAAAGAGAUGACUUGAAUGGAAGCUAGUCAGUCUUCAGGAAAUAUUGAGACGAUGCAAUGUUCUAAUUAUCUGUACAUAAAUGUACAUAAGUAAUGCUUGAAGUAAGUAUCCCCCCCAUAGUGGCACCAUGGUUGAAGUGGUAGAAAGUGACAUGACAUGAGGUUGAACAUAAAGUGUUGUGCUACUUAGUGGAAUAUGAGGGGCGUUCCCCUCCUGUGAACUGUCUAUCCCCCAGGUAUAGUAUCUUCCAGAAUGGUGGAUCGUUUGUCUUGCUGUACAUGGUUGGAACAAAAUGAAUGAAAAGUUGGCAGAAGCCAGUAAAGUAAUAAUCUGAACUUGGCUAGAUGAUUUCAUCAUUAUCAUCAUGGUGAGUUAGUUUGGGAAGAUAGAAUAUGCUUGUGAGAUUUUUCUUGAUAUUAUUGUUCCUAUUAUUGUAAAUGCAGUAUUCUUUAAGAGGAAAACCUCUAUUACCAAGACGAAGAUGAGAGUGAUUCUCCCCCCCCCCACCCCCCC